AUAACAUUAGAAAAGUGAACAUAAAUUGUAGAGAAUAUAGAAUAUACUAAUUAACGGAAAAUCUAAUAAGUUUAGUGUCUAUUAAAGGUUCCCUAUAAAAGAGGUUCUAGCUGCAUUUCAAAUAAAAUUACUAUGUAUUUUUUUGUUAUCCGCGCGAAGUUGUUACAAGUCAAAGUGGUGUAAAUUAAGUUACAGUUUUUAACAAUAAAAAAAACGAAUCAUUAAAAACUUCAAAGUUUGAAAAGUAUUAAUUUCUUACAUACUAUAGCAACAUAUUUGACAUCAGCAGUAUAUUUUGCGUCAACUUAUAAAGAAACGUCAUAACGAAAUACAAAUAAAAUGCGUCUAGUAACGAAAAGGCUAUCAAUGCGAGUAAAAUGCUUAUUAAUAACCGGAAUAGUAAUAUCCAUAUAUGUUAUAAUAUCGUAUAAUUUAUUUGAAGCUGUGUUUACAAACAAAUCUAAUGAUGAUAUGAGAAUGAAGAAUAUUUCUUACCUGAAGUUACCAAAUGUUGUUGUACAUUUGGAUUUCAAGGGAUCUCCACCGAAAUUGAGCUAUUUGAAGACAUUGUUGCCCAAAUUCCAAGAGCUCGGCGUAACUGGUCUCCUUAUGGAAUAUGAGGACAUGUUUCCAUAUAAUGGUAGAUUAGUUAAUAUAAGUGCGAAGAACUGCUAUGAAAAACCUAAGUUAAGAGAAUUCUUAAAAUUGGCUGUACAGCUUGGAUUCGACAUCAUUCCGUUGGUACAAACUUUUGGUCAUAUGGAACACGUGUUGAAACUAGCAGAGUUCCAGCAUUUACGAGAAAUACCAUCUUAUCCAGAUUCAAUAUGUCCUAGUAAUUCGGAAAGUCAAAUAAUUAUAAAAAAAAUGCUUGAACAGAUAAUUAAAUUUCACGAAAAAAUCUUUCCCUUGAAAUAUUUACAUAUUGGCUGCGAUGAAGUUUUUAAUAUAAAUAAAUGCCAGCGAUGUGUGAAGAGAAAUUUACCUACUACGGAAAUUUAUUUGAAUCACGUUCAAGUUGUAGCAGACUUCGUAAGAACUAUCAGUCCCAAUACAACUGUCCUGAUUUGGGACGACAUGUUCCGUGGUAUUCCCAUAAAUACUUGGGAGAGGAUAAACCACCAAGUUGAACCAGUUUAUUGGGACUACGGUCCAAGCGUAAGAGUUUCACAUGUUAAUAUGAGGAAGUAUCAUAAGAAAUUCAAGAAUAUAUGGAUCGCAUCCUCGUUCAAAGGAGCAGAUGGCAGAGCGGCAACGUACCCAAACAUAAAAAAGAGAUUCUGGAACAACUUUAGUUGGAUGAAUAAGAUCAGAGAUUACAAAUUUGGUGGGGAAGAUGAAGUCUUCAACUUCAAAGGUAUUAUCUUAACAGGCUGGUCGAGAUACAACCAUAUGGAACCUCCUUGCGAACUAUUACCAAUAUCAAUACCAAGCUUAUUCCUCAAUUUACUAUUGAUAAAGAAAUUUAAAGAGGGUCUUGAAAAUGUUGGAAGCUAUGACGUAAUCGAUUUUUAUAUAAAAUACCUACGUGACGAAUUUUCUGGACAUUUACACUGUAGUCAUUUAAUUAAUAUUGAUUAUUUUGAUACUAAUCAAUGCUACUUUGAUGGCAAUGAACUCUAUCAACUAUUUAUUAGCUGGGAUCUGAUUAAUUCGAACAUUUUAAAUAGUCUAAACGAAUUUGAUAAAGAUAUGUUUGCUGUGGACUUUUAUUCUAAGACGCAUAAUAUCAACAUGAUCAAACUGCAACAAAACAAAGAGUGGGUAUAUCAGUCAAUUAAUGAAGUUGUGUAUUAUAAAAAUAAGAUAAUAACAGUUUUAUAUCCAUAUUACGAUGAAUUCUUCAUAGAAGAAUAUAGUCAUUUGAAAUUCUAUAAAACGAAGGCUAUUUUAGAUGAUAUUCUUACAAAUUUGAAAAAUGUAACUAAAGUUAAAACUUGGACACGACGACCAUACAACUAUAAUUAAUUAUUUUUUAACUAUAAGAGAAGAUGUUAUUAUUAAUUUAUAAAUAUAUAUUUGUGUUUAUAAAAUAAUAGUUUACG